AUGGUUUACACCACGCAAUUCCUGGCAUUGGCAGCGGCCAUGCUGCCGAGUGCAGUGCUGGCACAGAACAACCAGACAUAUGCCAAUUACUCCUCCCAGUCUCAGCCGGACCUCUACCCACAGACAAUGGCAGCCUUGAACUUUUCCUUUCCAGACUGUGUUAGUGGCCCACUCAAAGACAAUAUCGUCUGCGACACAUCCGCGAACUACGUCGACCGUGCAGAAGGCCUAAUCGCUCUCUUCACCCUGGAAGAAUUAAUCAACAACACUCAAAACAGCGGCCCUGGAGUUCCGCGCCUGGGUUUGCCUCCAUAUGAAGUCUGGAGUGAAGGGUUACACGGCCUUGAUCGCGCCCACUUUGUGAAAUCUGGUGACGAAUGGACGUGGGCUACUUCGUUCCCUAUGCCGAUUUUGUCUAUGGCUGUUCUCAAUCGCACACUUAUCAACCAGAUUGCUAGCAUCAUUGCCACACAGGCUCGCGCUUUCAACAAUGUUGGUCGAUACGGACUUGAUGCUUAUGCGCCGAACAUCAACGGUUUCCGUAGCCCGCUAUGGGGCCGUGGUCAAGAGACCCCCGGCGAAGACGCGAAUUUCCUUACUUCGUCGUACGCAUACGAGUACAUCACCGGUUUACAAGGCGGAAUUGACCCGGAUAACCUCAAGAUAGCUGCUACUGCAAAGCAUUUUGCUGGAUAUGACCUUGAGAAUUGGGGCGGUAACUCGCGUCUAGGCUGCAUCUCGUUAUGCCAAGGCGCGCAGUUUCAUGUGUUCAUACAACUCUGUUAA